AUGUCAGUGAUUGGACGUCUUACAGUUGUACAUGAGACCUCCGUGUCUGAUAUACUUGUUAUUGACGGUCGUCUGAGCGCAUUCCAAAAUUUUGAUCAUGUAGACCAAUGCACAGCGGAAUGCUCCCUCGAGUCACAAUGCGUAUCUCUUGCAUUUUCCCCCGCAACUGGAAGCUGUCAACUCUACAAGUAUGACGUUGCUAACUUUACAGUCGAUGUCAUAACACAAAAGCAAACUAUAUUUUUCAAAGUUGUUUGCGAGCGUCAUGAUUACACGUACAUACGCCCAUUAAACGUGUGCAUGAAGAUGUACCAUGACGAACGAACAUCCGACGAGUCACGUGACACAUGCAAGGAGGAUGGAGCAGAUCUUCUGCGCAUUGACACAUCAGCGAAAAUGGCUUAUUUAAAACCUGUCCUGGCUCAUAUUUCCA